CGCACUCGCAGACGGCCCGCACCCAAGCAUAGGCAGGACUCGAAAACGUAUAGGGAAAAUAGAACAUUACAGACCAGCAAAAAGGGACGCGCCAGGAAUCGAACCUAGGUCACUCACCACCGCCGCGAGAGCGAACCUCUCAUGGCGGCUUCAGAGUGCCCUGCCGCUAGACCACACGCCCUCGUCGUGCUCGUGACUGUGCGCCGGAGCUUCGGCGGAUAUGCACCAUUCACCGGAGGGAUGACCCAGUAUCCUAGACGCGCCCAUGCGGCGAUAGAACCAUCUCUUUCCACCGCAGUCGUACACCUCCAGAUAAGCCCUGUCACCUCCCCCUCUCGACCCCACGUCGCCUGGCCGACCAUGGUACCAUUCACCAGCACGGAAAAGAAUACACGGCCGGGAUGUCCGACUGGAGAAGGAAUCGGGAGCGUGGUAGCUGCGUGUCUGGGCUGGGCCCUUUGCCUCCGUGCGGCGCUCCCUAACGCUGCAGUGCCUGUGACGCGGCGAGCUGGCAGCAAGCCGAUGGGCAAUCAGAAUAAGGUGGGUGAGGAGAGCAAGGGAGAGCGAAACGACCGGAUGGGACAGAGUACAAAGAAGAGUGGGACGUGCCAGGAAUCAAAACAAGUCUCUUGCGUGGGAGCAGCUACGGCUGGUACACGAGUCUACGGAGUGCCCUGACAUUAAAUUCGCACCUUUUUUGUUGUUGACGGAGUUGGGACUGAGAAGUAGUAGGGCAUGGAAGGUGACAGGGAGGACGGAUGGCAUACAGCCACGUCACACCCGCAAGAGACAGAACCUAGACACGAUAUGUGCAAGCAAAACCAUGCAUUUUGUAACCUUGGUAUACACACGGGCUCUAUCAUGUCCUAACUACAGCUUGCUCUUCCCCUCGCCUGUACUCCUUCCCAAGUACAAAGGAUC